GUCCUUAUGCUUGCGAGGCAGGUACCGCAACCACUGAGCUAAAUCCCCGGCCCAUUAAGUAGGAGUUUGUUCUGAGAAGUGCUACAGAUUCAGUAUAUACAAAAAAACCGGGUGACUCAGCAGCAUAGUGAUACUCUUGUUCUAUUAAUGCUUUACCAAAAAAUUCCAAUCUAGUAUCAGAAUUGCUGUGUGAGAGGACGUGAGUAUAGCUAGAGAGUAAGGGUGGGAUGACCAAGACAUGGAGUGAACAUUUGGAGAACACAGCAUCAUGUGAAAUUGUGAAGUGAGUCUUUAUCUCCGGUGUCACAUUUCCUCGCGGAAACAUGUAUGGCAUUUUAGGAGUCAGUGACCUUUGAGGAUGUGGCUGUGAACUUCACCGUGGAGGAGUGGGCGUUGCUGGAUCCUUCCCAAAAGAAGCUUUAUAGACAUGUGAUGCAGGAAACCUUCAGGAACCUGGCUGCUGUAGAAAGAAAACAGGAAGACCAAACCAUUGAAGAUGACUACAGAGAUUCCAGGAGAAAUCUAAGAAGUCAAGUGGUAGAGAGAUUCUACCAACAUAAACAAGGUAGUGAAUGUGGAGCAAUCUUUAGCGGGUCUACAGAUCCUAUUGUAAACAAGAAGACUCCUCCUAGAGUAAAACUAGAGGAAAGCAGUGUGUGUAUAGAUAUCCUCAUUGGUCAUUCCUCCCUAAAUGCACUCCACCAAGCUCAUACCAGACGAAGAGCAUGUGAGUAUCAGGAAUAUAAAGAGAAGACAUAUAAAUGUGAGGAAUAUCGGAAAGGCUUCAGUUGUCCCCAGUACUUUCAGAAGCAUGGAAGGACGUACAGUGGAGAGAAACCUUAUGAAUGUAAGCAGUGUGGGAAAACCUUCAGUUCCAGUUACAUUCAAAUACAUAAAAGACUUCACAGUGGAGAGAAACCCUAUGAAUGCAAGCAAUGUGGGAAAGCCUUUAUUUGUUCCAGUUCUGUUCGAAAACAUGAAAGGACUCACACUGGAGAGAAACCCUAUGUAUGUAGGCAAUGUGGUAAAAGCUUUAGGGAUUAUAGUUCCAUUCGAAAACAUGAAAAAAUUCACAGUGGAGAAAAACCGUAUGGGUGUAAGAUAUGUGGGAAAGCAUUCUUUUCUUUGAGUAACUUUCGAACGCAUGAACGAACUCACAGUGGAGAGAAACCCUAUGGAUGUAAGCAGUGUGGGAAAGCCUUCCGUUCUUUGAGUAAUGUUCGAAGACAUGAACAAACUCAUAGUGGAGAAAAACCUUAUGUAUGUAAGCAAUGUGGGAAAGCCUUCUGUGUUCCCAAUUCCUUCAAAAAACAUGAAAAAACUCACACAACAAAGAAGGCCUAUGUGUGUAAGCAAUGUGGGAAAGCUUUCUCUGAUUACAGUUCCUUUCUAAGACAUGACAGAAUUCACACUGGAGAGAAGCCAUUUGUAUGUAAGCAAUGUGGGAAAGCCUUUAGUUCUUCCAGUUACAUUCAAAUACAUGAAAGAACUCACACUGGAGAGAAACCCUUUGUAUGUAAGCAGUGUGGGAAAGCCUUUAGUUCUUCCAGUUACGUUCAGAUACAUAAACGGACUCACACUGGAGAGAAACCCUGUGUAUGCAAGCAGUGUGGGAAAGCCUACUAUGAUCCUAGUUCCCUCAGAAAACAUGAAAGGAUUCACAGUGGAGAGAAACCCUAUGUGUGUAAGCAGUGUGGGAAAGCUUUUAGUUCCUCUAGUUACAUUCAGAUACAUCAACGGACUCAUACUGGAGAGAAACCUUAUGCAUGUAAACAAUGUGGGAAAGCUUUCAGUCAAUCCAGUUCCUUUCACAAACACGAAAGAAUUCACACUGGAGAGUAAUCCUAACUGUAGAAUGUGGGAAGAUCCAUUGUCACCAACCAUUUAGCAAAAUGGGGAGGCCUAAUGGAAAGAACUAUACCAAUAUAAAGGUUGUUGUUGGAGUGUGUCCAAUCUCAGUUCAAUUCACAAAUAUUAAAAAAAAUAUAUGCAAGGAAGCCUUGAAUAGAUGUACAGAAGUCCUCAGCUGACCCAUAGAUAAGAAUACGCAUUGGAUCAAUACCUUGUAAAUAUGGACUAUAAGACAGUUGUCUGUUG